AUGAAGGUCGGCUGCUCUGGCAGCACGCCCUCUCAGGCCUUCCAGCUGCUGCUCAAGCUCGCACGCAAGGGAGAGGGGCUCGUGCUGGAAACCCAGUGGGUGGCGGAGAAAGGCAAGAAACCUGUAAAGGCAGGCAACAGCAAUCAUUUCUGUUCCCCGCUGCUGAAGCCACUGACCAACCUGUUCGGUGCGUCGUGCGGCAAUGGCACGGCCAGUCUACAUCAUCUCUCUGGUGGCUUCCCCAUCAGCGGCUUUGAGUCGACGUCCUUCUACGGCUGGUUUGGGCUGCUGCUGGCCGUGCAGCGGCAGCCAGUGGUGGUGCACAUUGAGGCCUCAGCUGCGUCGUUUAAGAAUUACGAUGGGGACCCUGACUGCUUCACGUACAACCUGAACCACGUGGUGCUGCUGGUGGGUUACCGCCUGGUGGGUGAGGACGCGCGCUUCCCCCACAUGGCGCCGCCCUUCUGGAUCAUCCGCAACUCAUGGGGGCCUGACUGGGGCGAUGGGGGCCACAUGCGCAUGGACAUCCAGGGGGGGGAUGGCGUGUGCGGCAUCAACUCGCUGCCAGGCCUCUACCCCGUGGUCAGAGGCACCUCUGACCCCUGCAGCAUAGCUGCCCGUAAUGAUAGCACUGGUUCGUUCUUCAAUCCCUGCGGCAAGUUCAACUGCACUGUGAAGGGCAAGAAAAACGAGUGUGACUGCAACGACCCGCGCUUCAUCCAAGCAACCAACGCCGAUGGCUCUCGCACAUGCGCCUACAGGAAUGCAUGCAAGUCAGCCCAGCGCAAUCCGUGUGCGGUGGGGCAGUGUGUGAAUGACGGGGCGGGGUCAUACUCGUGUGUUUGUCCACCGGGCUUCAGGCAAGGCACCACCGUCGAUGGCACCUUCUCCUGUGCUCCAGGUGACACCAACAACACCCACACUGUGCUCUCUCCCAAUGUCCGCUGCUCCGAUGUCUUCCCGGUCUACGGCCUCACGCUCACCGAAUUUCAAGCCCAAAACCCAUCGGUGUCGUGUGCAGCACCCAUCCCACCCUCCACGGUUCUCAAAGUGGCCAGCCCAGCCUCUCUCAUCCCCUGCUCCGUCUACUACACCACUCAGCAGGGCGACACCUGUGCGGACCUAGCAGUGUACUUCAAAGUGUACUGGUCCUGCCCAUCUGACGCCUGUACACCAGCGUUCGAGGCUCUCAACCCCAGCUUGGACUGCACUGCCAACGGCGGCUUGCUGCAGCCGGAGCAGGCGGUGUGUGUGGAGCGCAUAAGGAAUCAAGUGGGGCUCAUCCCGGUGUGCUCGCAGUACUACCUGGUGCAGAGCGCAGAGACGUGCGAGUCCAUCCGCAAUGUGCCCUACCCCCCUCUGAGCCCCGUUGACUUCUUCCGCCUCAACCCCGGCAUCAAGUGCAACCGCCUCAUUCCAAACACCGACGUUGGCGGCUUCACUGGCUUUGAGGCAUGCAUUGCGAGCUCCACGUCGUACACGCAGGGCACGUGCCCGCGUGCGAAUGCGUAUGUGGUGGGGACAGGCGACAGGUGCACGGCCAUUCAGGUGAAGUACUUCCGGGGCAUCAAGGGCUGCUACAAGCACAUCAACGGAUACGACUGCAUCGACAGGCUCGUCAAAGCAACCCGCGUGUGCCUGCCUGACAAAGUCAAGCUUCAGCAAGGAGUCUGCGACAGCUGA